AAUUUUUAGGGUUUAUCGUUUGAAGCACCGCGGAUUGCAGAAGAUGACAAGAUCAUCAGAUUUUAGCUGGUAGUUCUAUAUUGUACUGUUUGAUCACUUCAUUUUAUGCGGAGUCGUGUGCAAGUUGAUAUUUGACUUAAGUUUUCAGCAGGUGUUUAAAAGAAAUAUCUUUUAAUCAUACACUCUGCAAAUUUGCGAUUGUUCUGUGCUGCGUUUGUGGUGAGAAGCAAAACCAUGGCGAUUUCUUCACCAGGUUUCGUCGUUGCACGACUCCGUGAUUCAUCGAGCAUAAGUGAAUCGCCAAUGCUUUCCAUGAAAUUGAAAUCGGUACUUAAAAAUGGGGUUUCUAAUUUUAUGCAAAACCCUAUUUUAAGAACCCGUGGCAGGAAUGCACUUACAGCCAAGUUAAAAUCUGCUACAUCUGACAAUUUAGGGAAAACAGUCACUGUUACCGAGGUUUUCGACUCUAAACCUGAUCGAGAAAGCGGUGGUGGAGAUGACGGAAAUGGAAAUUCUCCACCUGGUAACGGCGGCAAUGGAGGCGGUGAUGAGGGUGGCGGUGGUGGCAACGAGGACGAUCACGAGGAGAAAGAGUUUGGACCGUUAAUGAAAUUCGAUGAGGUGAUGAAGGUGGCUGAAACACAAGGCGUGAAUCUUCCUCCCGAUAUGUUAGAAGCUGCAAAAGCUACCGGACUUCGCAAACUUAUUCUUACACGAUACAUGGAUUUACAGGGGUCUGGGUGGGCUCUAGGUUUCUUGAUGAAGUAUUGUGCAGUUCUUCGUAACAGAAUGCUUGCUGAUCCAUCAUUUUUGUUCAAAGUUGGAACAGAGAUAGUGAUUGAUUCUUGCUGUGCGACAUUUGCUGAAGUCCAAAAAAGAGGAAAAGAUUUUUGGGCAGAGUUUGAGUUGUAUGCUGCAGAUCUUCUGGUAGGCAUAGUUGUUGACAUUGCUUUGGUUGGCAUGUUAGCACCAUAUGCUCGAAUUGGAAAGCGAACAGUAGCAAGUGGUGGUCUUUUUAGUGGCCUAAAGAACUCUGUUGCAGCUCUUCCAAGCAGUGUCUUUGAGUUUGAGAGACCAGGGUGUAGAUUUUCAGCUCAACAACGACUUGCAACAUACUUUUACAAGGGCCUCUUGUAUGGUUCAGUUGGAUUUGGGUGUGGUAUAAUCGGUCAAGGAAUUGCAAACAUGAUUAUGAAUGCCAAACGGAGGAUGCAUACUUCAGAUGAAAAUUUACCACGAGUGCCUCCUUUGGUGAAAAGUGCUGUUCUUUGGGGUGUUUUUCUUGCGGUGUCUUCUAAUACGCGUUAUCAAGUUAUCAAUGGAUUGGAAAGUGUGGUGGAAGCUUUACCUUUGGCGAAACAGGUCCCUGUAGUUGCAAUGGCAUUUACGGUUGGAGUGCGUUUUGCAAACAAUAUUUAUGGUGGAAUGCAGUUUGUAGACUGGGCUAGAUGGAGUGGUGUUCAAUAAUUGGAUGUAGAAUUUUGCUUCUUUUGGCAGUUGAUAAGGCAGUUGCCUCCUGCUCCUUUUACUAGGUUGAUUUCUUAUCCAACCGAGUUCUUUUUUUUGUUGUAGUUUGAAAUAAGAAAAAUUAAUGUUAUUGUAUCUUUGGUA